AUGAAAAUUGCCAGAAUAAAAACGACAGAACAAAACCUUAAAAAGUCAAGAUGGAGAUGCAAGAUUUGCUCCAAGUUUUUGUCCUCAAAAAGGUCUUAUGAUGAACAUUUGAAUGUACAUAAUGAUGCUCGGCCGUUUUCGUGUGAUGUUUGUGAUUUUGCAGCAGGUAAUAAAGGUUAAUAUCCUUGUUAAAUAUUGUGUAGAUAGAAUAAAUAAUUUUUAUUUAGCUAGCCAAAUGACUCUAAGAAGGCACAGAUUGAGGAACCAUCUGCCACGCUCUGAAUGGGGGUACCACUGUCCACAUUGUUCGGAAGCAUUCAUGGAACCGGCUAGUUAUCAACAACACGUUGCGUACGUUCUGACUCUUGAAAUUGAUUUUUAUUGUUUAGGAAUAGACAUCCUGGAUUGUCUGCCAAGUUUGGAUGCACAAUUUGCGACUUUUCUAGUUAUUGCUCCAGACAUUUCAAAGAACAUUACAACAAACAUUCACAAGUAAUAUCCAGAAGACAGUGGAAGGCGCCAGAUAGUAUAUACUUAAAUUUGGCAGAGUUUUUAAUAGACGACAAUGGAGGUGAGUUACCGUUUUUAUUUUAACAUGUGUUUAGGUAAAGGAUAUGGUGAUGUAGAUGUGUACGAUUCUUCAUCUCGUCUAAAACUCCCGGCUGAUAACUUUGUAUUUAACGGUGAUAUUAGUAAUGGUGAUAGUUUGGAUGAUUAUUUUAAAACAGCCUUGAAGACCCCUGAACUAGCUACAGGCAGGAGUAACAUAGAUAGUGUGCCUCGUAAUGUAUCGCAUAACAUAUCUUGCCCUCCUGUGGAAGUAGUAGAUAACAGCUUUAUUGGUUGGGUACAGAAUGAAGUUGUUAUAGAUUCUGAAGCCGAUGUGUCUAGGUUAAAUGGUUUCAUAGACGAGGAGCUGGACUAG